AUGUUACUUCGUGAAGAAGAGAGAGUAGAAAAUAAUCAAAAUGAUAAUCCAAUCCAAGUUAAUCAACAGCAACCUAUUGAGGUAAUUCGUAAUUUUAGUUUUACCAAUAUCCAACCCUUAGCCAAACUAACUUUAUUAAAACGUUUAAACUUAAGUGGGAAUUAUCUUAGUAAAGUGUCUUGCUUAAAAAGGCUAACUCUAUUGAUUGAUUUAAACAUAAGUAAUAAUCAAAUCACUAAUAUUAAAUUUCUAAGUGGUUUAACAAAAUUGAAGAGAUUAUCAUUUCCUAGAAAUAAUAUUGAAGAUAUUAGGUAUUUAUCAACAUUAGAAAAUUUGGUUCAUUUAGAAGGAAAUGAUAAUGAAAUCAAAAACAUUGAUCCAAUAAUUAACUUACAAAAACUUCGAGAAUUAUUGUUAGAUAAUAAUCAGAUUUUCGAGUUAGGAGAAAUCAAUAAGUUACAGGAUCUUGUGAAUCUUAGUUUGAACCAAAAUUUAAUUGAAAACGUUAAAAAUACACUUUUUUUUACUGGAAAUGAAAUAUACUUUAAAAAAUUAAGAAGAAUUAGAAUUACUCAUAAUGUAAUUAAAGAUUUGAGAAAUAUUUAUAUUCCAGAGAAUGUUGAGUAUUUUAAUUUUUCAAGGAAUAAAAUUAAUAUGUUGUCUAUUGCGAAUGUCAACAAACUUUCCAAAUUGAAAGUCCUUAAAUUGAACCAAAAUUCAUUAACAAAAUUGAAAUAUUUUGAGAUUCUAACUAUUAUUCACUCAAUUGACUUGAAUCAGAACCAUUUGACGCAUUUUUCUUUUAGAACCAGAGAAAAUCAAGAUAAUUUAAUAUUUCUUCUUUUACACGAAAACGAAUUAAGUGAGACAGUUGAAGAUUAUAUGAAUAUUUCUCCAAAUGUUAAAAUUGUAUAUCUUUCAAGUUGGUGUUCAAGAUAA